AUCACCAGAGGGCAUCACCUGUAACUAAAGAGGAGGAGCUUUCUUCUUCUGGUCUCCUCUGGAAUGCCAACCCUCUUUUCUAUAAUAGUCAGUCAGUCAGUCAGUUGUACAUCAGCUAGCAGGACCAGUCAGCAUCCAUCAUGGCUGUUAACAUUCCAGGAGUGAUAGCCAUGGUGUUUUUCUACCUGCUGGUCCUUGGGACCGGUAUCUGGGCUUCUUUCAAGUCCAAAAGGGAACAGAAGAAAAGUGCAGCCACUGGAAUGGAUAUGGCCCUGCUGGGAAACCGGAGCAUUAACUUGGCGGUGGGGAUCUUCACAAUGACAGCUACGUGGGUCGGAGGAGGCUUCAUUGUUGGCACAGCUGAGAUGGUGUACACGCCCUCUAUGGGACUAACCUGGACAAUGGUGAUGCUAAUGGCAUACAGCUCAUCUUUUUUUGUUGCUGGCUUGGUGUUUGCAAAGCCAAUGAGAGAAAGAAACUGUGUGACGAUGCUGGACCCUUUCCGUGCCAAAUAUGGGAAAGUACUAACAGCUGGACUGUCCCUGGUUUCACUUUCUACUGAUGUGCUCUGGUUGGCCACAACACUAAUUGGUUUAGGAGGAACCAUGAGUGUGGUGCUGGAUUUGUCCUACACUUUGUGCAUGUGGCUCUCUGCUGCCGUCGUCAUUUUCUACACACUGCUGGGAGGUCUCUACUCUGUGGCCUACACAGAUAUUAUACAGCUUGUCCUCAUAUUCAUCAGCUUGGCACUAGGGAGUCUGGGAUAUCAGUGCAUCCACCAGAGGACCUUGUCAGCUUCUUCCUCAGCCACAGCCAAGCUCACUUGCUUUGUCGCUGCUUUCACCUUACUUAUAUUUGGCAUACCUCCUAUACUGCUUGGGGCAGCCGCUGCAUCCACAGACUGGAACCAGACUUCCUAUGGUUCUCCUUCUCCAUAUGAACGUGGUGAAUCAGCUCUAGUUCUGCCCAUCAGCCUGCAGCACCUCACCCCGUCCUUCAUCUCCAUUAUCGGUACUGGAUGUGUAGCUGCCGCCGUGAUGUCAUCGGCUGACUCUGCUUUGCUUUCUGCAGCUUCUGUCUUCACCUGCAACGUAUACAAGAACAUCCUGAGGCCUCAGGCAUCAGACAAAGAGAUUCAGUGGGUGAUCCGUGCUUCUGUGUUGGUAGUGGGCGUGGUUGGUACAUCACUCACCAACCUGAAAAACAGCAUCUUACUGUUCUGGUUCAUUGGUGCUGAAGUGGCCUACAUCAUAAUGUACCCUCAACUCGUCUGUGUCCUCUUCUUCAACAUCUCCAACGGUUACGGGGCUGUUAUUGGCUUCCUGGUGGGAUUGGUGUUAAGACUGCUCAGUGGACAACCAUCAAUAGGGUUAGCACCAGUCAUACACUUCCCAGGAUGCACUCUUGAGGACGGUGUUUAUGUCCAGUACUCUCCAGUUAAGACCAUCUCCAUGCUGUCUGCCAUCGCUGCCAUCUUGUUGUUCUCCUACCUGGCUUCUGUGCUCUUCAACAAAGGCCUGCUUCCUGAGAAGUGGGAUGUGUUCAAAGUGAAAGCCCAGAACUCACCUCAACCACUGACAUCAAGAGAUGGCGCCACAGAAGAUAAUAAGAAUGAGGAAUUGAAAAGCUCUUAGCCUGAGGCAUCAGAGCCAAUGACAAGUUAAGUAGUAUUUUCUUGAAGCAUACAGACUAGUAAAUAGCUCAAAGUAUAUAACUCUGGAGUUUCUGCAUAUAGAACAUGAAUGUAUAAUCAAACAUGGAUACUGUGUUCUACAACCACUGACACCAACAGAUGGAGCAAAAUCUCUCUGAAUAACUGGAAUGGUUUUAGGGAGGGGGUUAAAAUGUUUGUGUCAAGACUUACAGACUCAUGCAAGUGGGAACAUUUUCAGCUAAAAAAGACGGCCAUGCAUACCUUUACUAUGUAUCAGGUGUAUAGGGAUUCUGACUUUGCAGAUAAUUAAUAGGCAAGAGGACCUGUAAGAAUUCAUAAAUCAAUGUGUUAGAGUGCACAACAACAACGAA